AUGGCUUUUUCCUCCCGUCGUGGAGGUGGUGGUUGGGUCCAUUCCCUCCUCCCCACCACAGCCACAAAAUCUACUUCCAAACAAACCCGCAGUAGCCUCAAGCCCCGCCGGCGUACCACUCAAUUGAUAAUCCGUGUUACAACAGUGAAAAGAGCCAUUACUACCGCCGACGACCAGCGUCGCGACGGUGCUCCGAUUGCAAACCCCUAUUUUUGGUCCAAAUCUACUCAGAGAAAGGUUAUGGACAACGAUGAUUGCGAUGUUGUUAUUACCCAUGAAGGUCAUAUGGAUAUCAGAAAUUCGAAUAAUUUGGACUUGAAUGUGGAACAUGAUGCCCGCAGCCCAAAGUUAUCAGAUGUUGAUGCAGCGAAACAUGAAUUACUCAAUCUUGGUACAGAGUUCGAAUCAGAUGAGCAAGCAUAUAGUUUUUACAUCAAGUAUGCUGAGUUGGUAGGUUUUAGCGUUCGGAAGGACUGGGUAAAUAGGAGUAAAGUACAUGGUCGGGUGAUGUCCAGAAAGUUCACCUGUUCCAGACAAGGUUAUCGGAAGAAAGACAAGCGGGAUGCUAAUGUGAAGAAGCAUAGGAAGGAAACAAGAACUGGUUGUUUGGCACAUAUGGUGGUAACUCGUCAACCUAAUGGUAAAUAUCGGGUUACACAUUUUGGUGCAGAUCACAAUCAUGAGGAUGUAAACCUAAGUAAAGCUCAGAAAUUGUUGGAAUUACCAUUACCUGGAAAAGUGGAGUCUAAUGAAGUUUCUGAAACUGACUCAAUGAAGAAUUCUGAGAUACAAUCAAAAUUAUCUUUUCAACUGUUGGACAACGAAAGGUUAAUCGCUACUCGUUACAAAGAUAUGUGCCAAAAUAUACUUAAAAUAUCGGCCAGAGCUGCUGUUUCCGACUCGGCAUUCGAAUUCGCUGCAAGACAACUCGAUGAAGUAAUGCAAGGUGUUGAAAGAAUAUUGACUUUUAAACCCUACACCGAAGCUAAAGAUAUAACUGCAAGUGGUGCAGGUGCUUAUGCUUCUGAAAAUGAAAUGGCCAACAUUGAUCUUGAUAAAAGUGAAUUUGAGGUUCAGGAUGUUGACAUCUUGACAGGGGCAGCUGAAACAGAAAGUAUCGUCCCGGAUAGAGAUCAAUUGAACCAUCGUGAUGAAGCAAUUCCCAGUAAAAGUGGGGGUCUAAGCAUGCAUCGAUCUCCACGAGAGACUGUUUUAUCAGUUGCAUGUGCGCCUUCAACAUACAUCUUGUCCCCAAGUCCGAACCCGACCUGUCCUCUUGCACAGGGUUUAUAUCCUGUCGAAGCAAAUCAUAUAGUACAUAACAUGUAUCAAACACCAAAUUUGACAAUCAACCAGGAACCUAAUCCUAACAUGUAUGAGCAGCAGAGCUUUUACUCUAGUCAGCAGCAUUCUGCCAACCAAGUUCAAUUUCUACAAGAAUCUUUGAUUCGUAACCAAUUCCAAGAGUCUAUGUCCAACGGCACCCAGUUGAGGCAGGUUAUGGAUCAUGACAACCAAAAUCCACAUCCACCUUCUGUCAUGCAUUACAAUCACAGAUACAGAGCUACCGGUGUUUAA